GCCAUGGGCAAGGCUGUCUCCUUCUGGCCCUGCCGUCCUGCUGCUGGCGCUCUGGGAUAUUGAAGAGAUACAACAUGAGAACAUGCAGGUGUGAUAAUGCCUGCUUAGCAGUGAGGAUGUGGGCAGUGGCAUCAGGAUGAGCCUGGACAAUGCCCCUCUCAGCAAAUCCCUCUCUGCCCCUUGGCACAGCUGCCAGCAUGACCUCCAAGGACAUCUGCAGCUCCCCAGGGGAUCUCCUGGCUCCUGCUCUCCAAAUGAACUCAACUUCUGCUCAGCCAGGUACCACAGUUGUGCUCCAGUGUUUUCUCCGUGUGGUAUCACCCGUAAGACGAAUCAUCUUCUGCAAGGAUGGGCUGGAGUUGUACAGCCAGAAAGCCCAGCAAGGGCAGCUGAGCUACUCCAUGGUCCUGAACAUCACGUCAAGAAGUGCAGGAAGAUAUACAUGUGGGUACCAGCUGAGGACUGAGACGAAACACGUGAGGAACUCUGCCCUCAGUGCUGGCCGCAUCCUGGAUGUCCCCGGCACUGUGGCCAGCUCCCCAGCAAGGCCAUCGCCCCCAGCCCCCCAUGCCCGGCUCCCGCACGCCCUCCCCACAGGCACGGCGCUGGCAGUGGCGGCCAUCGGACUCGUCCUCCUGGCUGCAGGCAGUUGGUUUGCCAUCAGGAAAGGUGCCUGCAGAGGGAGAUGCCCAAGGCAGCAGCACGCUGACAGCCUGCAGGCAGAAGCCACAGACCACGGUGAAGUUCAGUACUCCAUCAUCGCCCACGUUCGACGAGACAGGCCUCCUCCCGUGCAGCAGAUGAGCAACACCACGACGUAUGCCACGGUGACCCGCACCCAGACUCGAUAGUGCUGCCACAGGGCAAGGGCACAGGAGCCUUGCCCACGGCAGCCUUUGCUCUCUUGCAGGGGGCUCCUGCAGCUGUAAGGUGGGGCUGGGGGGUGCACUUUGGGGUUCUUUGGGGUUUGCUGUCACAGGGAAAUGCUGUGUGUGUCUACCCGAGAGGAUGUAGGACUCAUUUCUCUCUUUGCAAUACAUUAAGACCUCUAAUAUAUAUCAGGUAUACGAACUCAUAGUAUGAGUGUAUCAUUGUUCCUUCAUGAAGUGAAAACAUCUCCCUGUUCUCAGUGGGAGAUGUGUAUACCUAAACUGAAUGAUAAAGACACAGGGGUGCUCUUCUGUCCACCCACACAGAUGCGCAUUUGGACUGACAGGGACAGAUAUCUGCUCCCGUGUGUGCCAACUGGUGUGUACACUGCAGAUGCGGUUUUGCUCUGAUGAUGAAUAAACAUCUCUGGCUUUGUGUUCCUUAUGGCACCUCUGUCUCAUGCAGCCACAUAAGGAAUGGGAUGGCUGUUCAAGUUAAUUUCUGGGGGCUGAACUUUUUGCUUCAACCCAGCAAGGAUCAGAGAAGAGCUAUAUAUGUAUAUAAAGCAAGUGAGCUAUUUGGAGAUGUAAAAUACACUCACAUACACUCACUCUUGAACAGUGAUAGAAAAGACAGAGAAUUUACUAAUGAGUUAGUUAAGUACCAACCCCAGGGUGAUGACAAUAGUACUAACAAGUGCGAUACUUUUCCCAGUCAUUGAUGUCGUAGAUACUUAGCCAGGUCAUGGUUGGCAUCCCGUCAGUGCAGUAGGUAGCAAUGUCUUGCAGGCAUCCUUGCGGAGGCAAUGUUAACCUUGGUUGAUGUUGCUGCCUCACCAAUGCAGAGCAAAUUGCCCUGUUUAUAGGUUUUGCCCCUGCAUGCUUCUGAACCUGGGGCAGUGCACGACUGGCGGUCCCAGCCUCAGGGGAGCACUCGGCAGUCCCUGAGAGGCUGCUGUGAUCACUGACAGCUGCGUGGCAAGGGCGUGCUGGGCUGAUGGCAGCAUUGUCUCAUGCUGGAUGGCUUGCGGCCUGGUACCAUAUCACUGAGCAAGUAAUAUGUAUAAUUGCAAGGUCAGAGUUUCGCCUUGUUAGUCUUAAAACAAUGCCUGUUUCACAUCGGACCAAACCUAACAGCUUUUAGUCCUAACACAGGAAGGAAUAAGGGAAAGGAAAGUGGGUGAAAACUCUCCACGACCUUUUUGGAGGCAGAGCUGGAGGGGAGGUGGGUUUCAGGCUCCUUCCCACAAAGAAAUUCCCUCAGAUCUCAAACCCUCAUCAAGGCACUUGCUUCACAGCUUCCUUCAGGAC